AUGAUGCGUCAUUUCCACGGUGACAUGAAGGCGCGAGUCCCAGACAAUGGGACCUGGCAGGAUAUGUCAAGGCAAACGACCUCCAGGUAAGCUGGAUGCUGUCUUGUUGCCUUUGCCCACUCAUUAUCUUCAUUUCAGCAACGAGCAAGCUCAACGGCUAGACAACUUACCAAUCGCUAAUGCCGCCGCCGCCGCUGACGAGAACGCAUCCGUUGGGAACUGCUGGGACACAAUCCAGUCGCAGACGCUGGCCGUCCUCGGUCGCGCAUCCCGUCACCUACAACCUGCUCUCCGAGAACGACCGACUGCAAAAAGCCUGCAUAGACCACCCCACCGACGACGAAGACGACAACAAAGCAGCAUUCUACCGUUGCCGCCGCGAGAUGCAGAACGCACGGACGGCUCGCAAGUCUAUCGAGAUCCAAGGGUACGCGGACCACAACAAAUGGAAGAAGAUCUUUACCAUCCAAGCAAUCUACUGUCCGCCCGCCAAAGGUAUUUCACCUCCCCUCGCCGCCGACUGAAUAACCACGUUCACCGAGAAGACACAAAUUCUGCACCGAUGGGCCGAACAAUUCAGAGGCGUCCUCAAUCGCCCCUCCAACAUCUCCGACACCGCCAUCGCCCGCCCGCCCCAAUUGAAGACCAACGCCAAUCGUCACCUCCCACCAUCUAUCCACGAGACUAUCAGGGCCGUGCAGAAGCUCUCCAGCGGGAAAGCGCCCGCAUCGGAUGCGAGCUCUGCGGAGGUCUACAAGCAUGAUGGUCCCCAAUUCAUGGAGCACCCAGCGGCUUUGUUCCAGGAGAUGUGGCUUCAAGGAGAAGUCCGCAGGAUUUCAAAGACGCCACCAUCAUCCACCUGUCCAAACGGAUAGGAAACCGCCAGCUUUGCGACAACAACCAAGGCAUCUCCCUGCUAAACACUGCCAGUAAGAUAUUCGCUCACAUUCUUCUCAAUCGCCUGAACAAUCACUUGGAUCAAGGUCUUCUGGCGAAAAGUCAGUGCGGCUUUCGCCGUCAUCGUGGCACCAUGGACGGGAUCUUCGUCACCCAUCAGCUGCAGGUAAGGCGUCAGGAGAUGCGGACCCACCUGCACUUUUCCUUCGUGGAUCUGACGAAUGCAUUCGACAGGAUGAAUUGUGACGAAAUGUGAUUUGGCUGUCCGGGACGAUUCAGUCAGAGGGUGCGUCAGCUCCACGAUGGCACGAUAGCACGCAUUACGGAUUAUGGAGCUGUCUCGGAUAAUUUGCUUCUCCCUUGUCUUUGUCGGUAAUAUCAUUCUGCCUAUAUAUCAUGCGCCGCUGUGCGGCUGCUGGUUGGGCUCGAGAGAGAGUCCAUAAGGCACAACGGAACGAGUGAGUUCCGUAUGAACGAUCGGUGAGCGCCCCCUAACACUGUAUAUUCCCGAUCAAAAACCGACAAGGCAACGGGCUCGUGGCCCGGUGAGUAGAGGCGUUGACUUCUAAACCAACAGGUCGCGAGUUCGAGUCUCGGGUGUUCCACACUUCGGGCUUGGGUAUGGCUGGCUGACGACGGCUAAUAAGCCAGAAAUGGCCAUUCCAGUCUCCCUUGUCUUUGUCGGUAAUAUCAUUCUGUUUGCAGAAAAAGUGUCACGAGAUGCGGUCCCACCUGCACUUUACUUUUAUGGAUCUAACGAAUGCAUUCGACAGGGUGAAUUGUGACGAUAUGUGGAAAAUCAUGCGGUGAUUUGGCUGCCCCGGACGAUUCAGUCAGAGGGUGCGUCAGCUCCAUGAUGGCAUGAUAGCACGCAUCACGGACAAUGGAACUGUCUCGGAGGAAUUCGCAGUGACCAACGGCGUAAAACACGACUGCGUCCUCGCGCCUACCCUCUUCAGUCUUAUGUUCCCCUCCAUGCUGAUGGACGCUUAAUGCAAAGAACGCCCCGGGAUCCGCCUCGCCUAUGGGACGGCUGGCCACCUCCUCAACCACAGACGUAUGCACUUCCGGUCGCAUGUAUCCACAGUCACCAUCCAUGAACUUCUGUUCGUCGAUAAGCACCUCGGGAUCCGCAUCGCAUACAGAACUGUGAGCAAACUGUCUAACCGCCGGACGAUGCAGAUUUGAUCGCGUUCGUCCAAAACCACCGUCCACUAGGAGAGUCAGUCUGAAACAACUCCUUCUCAGCGUGUUCACGGCACCCUCACGCAUGUCAGAUGUACGCUGCUCAACCCGAGUUGUGUGUAAUCAUGGUGCUUGUGUUUGAGGAGCCAGGUCGUGCAUGUGGCGCGCGUAUACACGGUCACUAUACCCUGUCAGCCACCGCGCCCAUUUCCCGCUCCAGUCAACUGACCGGCUCGGACAGUGGCUGUGGCCUGAGAAUGUGAAGGGUGAGUGAGUUUGACGAAUCGGCGCACUUUGUCCUCACUAUAAACUAUCUGAAGCUAUCACGGUGUACUAGAAGCCGUGGCUUGGGAGGUUGCCAGCUGACGGAAUAACAUGGACCUCGCAGUCGACCUAAUAUGUUUGUGUAUGGAGUGGCUGGCUGGUUCCAAUGGCUCUUUCUUAAUGUGGCCUCUAUGACACUCUCGAUGCAAGAGAUCCGAGCUGGGUGUGGCGGCACGCCUAGGUGUCGUUUCGGCCGCGCCAGCCUCAAUUCUUUGUUCUUGUUCAUGUUGUUGUCGGUCAGAAGCCCGAUUGUUUGCUGUGUAGACUAAGGGGUGUGGAAUUUUACGCCAAGGUGCUGGCUCGAUCGCGCCAUCUGCCUGCGCCCUCCCUCACCUCCGGUUCUCUGUACUCUGUCUUGACGCCGGGUCUAGGUGGAGGAGGAGAAGAGUGUGAUAGAUACAGCGCAAGUCUUCCAUCACUUUAAACUAAAGCACGCGCAAGUCACUGCCCCUGAUCUCAUCCUGCUGUGAAGCGUACGGAGGACGUCGUUGGAUGCGACUGCUGAAAUGUUGUGGCGUUGCCGUAGUAAGGCCCAGGCCAACAUUGGUCUUUCUUCCACAGAACAAUAGUCGGGGAUUAAAGUGGAGUUUGGCAGCCGUCUGGGACAUAUGCGCAGCCUUAUGUAGUGAAAGCACUGCUCAAUCCCCCAAAGGGAGAAGGGCUAGAAAAAUUGUUCUAAACAAAUGCUGGAGACCCACGCCGUCUGUAGGUUGAUUAUUUCCACAGACUCGAAAGUAACUGUCAAAAUGAUCGAAAUCAAAACGGCACUCUUGCCCUUCCUCCCCUCCUUCUACUCCUCCUCGCCCGCCAUCCCCCCACCCCCUCCUCCUCCUCCUCCUCCUCCUCCUCCUCCCCCUCCUCCUCGUUCCCGCCGCCCAACUCACAAGAUUGGUAGGGUGAGUCCGCUCACUCUGGCAGCCUGGAAUGUUCGUUCCCUUCUAGACAAUCCGGGGGCAUCCGACCGGAACGGAAGACGGCAUUAGUGGCUCGAGAACAGGUGCGAUACAAGGUGGACAUCGCCACACUGAGAGAGACCAAAAUUUUCGAACAAGGCCAACUGGAGGAGGUGGGUGUCGGUUAUACAUUCUUCUGGAGCGGUCGCCCUAGGACAAAGCGACGAGACGCGGGUGUCACCUUCGCCAUCCGGAACGACAUCGUGGUACGACCGCCCUGUCUGCCGCAGGGCAUCAACGAUCGCCUGAUGAGCCUCCGCUUUCCUCUCUCGGGGGGAGAAAUUACCAACCUUGUCAGUAUCUACCCUCCGCCGAUGAGCAGUCCCGCCGAGACGAGAAACAAAUUCUACGCGGAACUGCACGCAGUCCUGGCGUCUGAGCUGACGACUUGGUGACUUGUCCUUGGUGAUUUAAACGCCCACAUCGGUUUAGACCCUGCUGCCUGGAGAUGAAUUCUGGGUCCCUAUCGUCUCCAUAGCUUUAAAGAUAACGAACUGCUCUUCCUAACAACACCGCCUCAUCCUGACGAAUAUAUCCUUCCGUCUCGCGACGCGAAAGAAAGCGAAUUUGAUACACACUCGGUCGUGGCCUUGGCGCAUACUAGACUUUGUCCUCGUCCAGAGGCGAGACCAACGUAGGCGGAACCCAACUGCAAGUGGCGGAGAACUUCAUGCAUGUGGGCAGCACCCUCUCCUGCAGCAUCAAAAUCGACAAUGAAAUGGCCCGCCGAAUUUCCAAGGUAGUCCUCAAAAUGCAGGUUGGAAUCGUUACGGGCUUCACAUCAGCCCCGAACCUAGAGAUGCACAAGGCAGUCAUCCUGCAGACGUUGAUGCAUGGAGCGGAGACCUGGACUGUGUACAUGAAGCAGGCACGUAUACUCUAUCAUUCCCAUCUCAGCCGUCUUUGACAAGUACUGAAUCUGAAGAGGCAGGAACUGAUCCGUUUCUUCCUCUGAAAAAGAUUAAAAGGUUGGACUGUCUCGGGAUUUGUGCUUAGAAAAGAUUUCCCCGAGCACGACGAGGUCAAAUGAAUGAUGUCAAGGGUAUUUAAGAAAACGCAUGUUCAAACAUAACCCUGGUUAGUGAUUUGGUUGCAACCAGAGGUACGAUUAACUGAAUCGGCACCAUCUACGUGGGAAGGCCCUGCUUCUUGUUGCGUACCAGGUGGACAGUCAGAUAUUAGGGGCGCACCUCGAGUUGGUGGUCCCUGGACCGUGAGGGGGUCAGCGCGGCUGACGAGAGAAAAUCGAUCGUGCUCGAUGGAUGACGCAGCUGGCAGAAUUCGCCAGAUGGCCGAACGCUGAAUGCGACUAGAAGCGCCGCUAGAUGACCUUGGCAGCAGGUCGUCAGUGGCGUGCGCAAUUGUUGAGUGUGUGCGUCACUGAACAAUGGCAGUGUCCCUAAAACCGCUCACGUGGCAAAUGCACUGGAAAAACACGCUGGCUAGAUCGCGGCUUGUCUAGCGUUAAUUGGAAACGUGCAUUCAGAGAAUGCCAACAUUGGGUCCGACUUUGAGACACACGUAGACUUUGUCCUUGCUAGAUAUCCAUAUUUCCAUCAAAAAUAUCAAUUACCGAUGUCAGAAAUGCCAGAGUCGGUUAUAAAAACAAAAAGCUGUUUUAGUACUUAAAACACGGGUAGAUCGCCGUCAGUCACAAUCCGGACAUAUCUACUCGACAGAUCACGAGACGAAGUGCGAAUAUUUGCAGGAGUGCAGACGUUUUUAUUAAUAAUAUGCGUGUGAUACUAGAGGAAAAUUAAAUAAUUAUUUCUGAUUUUAGAACGCACGCAUUAGAUCGGGGUCUGUCUGGUAUUAAUUGGAAAGGGGCACUCAGCAAAUUUCGACAUUGUGUCGACUUCAGCCUGCCAGGCAAACCACAUUUCUUACAAAAAUUCCAGUUCCCAAAGUCAUAGAGUCGCCAAAGUCUAUUUUUAGAACAAAGAACGAGGUUAGUAUUUAAAAAACAGCUAGAUCGUAACAGUCACAAUUUAAACAUAUCUACUCGUGAAAUCAUCAAACGAAUCAAGAAAAGCUGCAAUAAAUGCGGGCCUUAUCAUUAUAAACAUGCGCAUGAUAGCAUAGUAAUUGCAGCUUAUAAAAAUUUCACCUUCUGUGCGUCCCCAACAUCAAUCUGUUGCUGUCCUUGAUCGAAAAGGUAUCGGAAAAUUCAAGUGAACAUUAUUCUCGCUCCAGCGAUCGAGUGAUUCUCCUCACAUCAAAAUGACACUGUUAAGAAUGCUUUACUUCUGAGAAAUAAGUGGUUUCAGUCUCCGAAGUUGCUCUUUAGCCUAACUGGAGGGAUUAAAACCCACGACAACAAAGAUAGGCUUUACUACAGCCAACGCUCUAGCCACCUGAGAUCCGAGGACAUCCUGGACUGUUUUUUCAACCCUCGCUUCUCACCACAUCUCUCUCGCGAAUCCCACACCGUCCAUUAACGUGAAUCGCCUUCCCGAGCCACCACUAGCAUAUUUUUCUUGUUCUUCUUCUCCUUUUUCUUUUUUUCUUCUUUUCUUCUUCUUCUUCUUCUUCUUCUUCUUCUUCUUCUUCGUCUUCCUCCUACUCCUCAUCCGGCUCCUCCUCCUUCCCUAAUGCCCCGAUGACAGGCGCUCUAUCGGCUGUCACUUACAUAAACACCACACACAUCCCUGACACAACAACAGACUAUAUGCAAUGAGGACCAGGACUACACCUGCCCUCACUGCAACCGCAACUUCACCUCACAUAUUGGCCUGGUCGGUCACUUGCGAAUCCAUCGCACAGAGGCUGACGAACCAGUGCCUGGAGCACCCAUCUUUACCCACCAAGCUCGUCUCAACUGCCCACAAUGUCCUCGCACUUUCAGGCAUCGCAUGGGCCUAUUCGGCCACAUGCGAAUCCACGACUACCCACGGUAGACAACCGCCGGCUACACCCCAUCAUCACAUCCUUCCUUCCUGCCUCCACCACCACAAGCACCCCAUCAAAUAUCAGCAAUCACCCUCCGCAUGCAUACAACAGCCGUAUCCCACGCAAGUCGGAAGUGUGCAUCUCGACUCGGUCGCCAUGCGGCUUCAGCUGCACGGUCGAUUCGAGUCUGAGAGCAUUCCGACACGUCAAGCGUCGUGGAUAAGAAGGUUGCAGAUUGACGCACCACUCGGUCCACGCAGGCCGUCCCAUUGUGUGUGUGUGUUGUGUGGAGUGGCGGACUGGUAUGCUGGGGACGGGCUGAAGCAGCACAUUCAACGGCCCUCUCACGGAUGUGAGAGACACGCCGUUCAACCCCCGUUGUGUGAAGUCCUGGUGUUUGUGUGUAUGGGGGGCCAGGUCGUGCUGUGGCGCACGCAAGUGUGAACUGUCAGCCAUCGCGCCCAUUCCCCACUCCAGUCUGAUGACCGGCUCGGACAGCGGCUAGGGUGUGGGAAUGUGAAGGGAGAGUGAGGUCGACGACUUAGCACACUUUCCUCACUAUAAACAAUCUGACGCGCUUGAAGCUAUCACGGUGCGCUAAAAGCCGUGGCUUGGAAGGUUGCCAACUGACGGGAUAACUUGGACUUCCUCCAGACUUGCGGUGUUCUGAGAGUUAGGCUGCAAUGGCUCCUUCUCAAUGUGGCCUUUAUGGCACUCACACCACAGUGUGGGAUCCGAGCCAGGCGUUGGCGGAACGCACAGGUGCGGCUUCGGUCGUGCCAGCCUCCAAAUCUCUGUUGUGUUGGUUGAAAUCCUGGUUAUUGUUGCGUGGACCAGGGGGUGUGGUGGAACGCCAAGGUGAGGAUCCGUCCGAGCCAUCCACCUGCGGCCUCCCUCGUCUCCGGUCUUCUUGACUCUGUCUUGACACCGGGCCCAGGCGGGGGAGGAGGAGAGCGUGUAGGUAUAUGCAGCGCAAGUCUACCCGCACUAUAAACCCCUGCGUAAGUCACCGUCCCUGCUCCCACCGCUGCUGCAGCUCUGGGGCACACGGCGGACAUCAUCGAAACCGAUGGUCGAAGUAUCGUGUGUUUUUGUUUGAGUGCGGGACUGGCGGGCUGCGAGCCAGGCUGAAACAUCUCCUUCUCAGCGUGUUCACGGCACCCUCACUCAAGUGAGAUAUACGCCCCUCAACCCGCGUUGUGCGCAAUCCAGGUGGCUGUGUUCGGUGGGCGAGAAUGACGCAUGUUCAAAUGCUACACUGUAUAGUCGAUUGGUUGCAAACAGAGAUCGAGUGUUUCUCCUCGCAUCAAAGUGAUUUGCUUCUGAAAAAUAGGCGGGUUCAGUCUCCGAAGUUGCUCCUAAGCCUAACCACAGUGUCCGAAAUUCCUACUUAAUUCUUCUCUAACGAAAAUGCAAUUUGUUAACGCAGAUACUCCGCGGUGCUUUGACCUUUUCUAAUUUGCACAAUGCAUGUUAUAACUGCUAAGAUUUAACUAGAUAUUCCACCAAAUGAGUUGGUCCCUGUUUUGCGAUUUUUCUUGUUCUCACAUCAACAGAAAUGACUGCAGUGUCAUGGUACUGGCGAUAAUGUUCAUAGGUGUAGGACAGCGGCAUUAUUCAUAAACUUCAUUAAGUAUCUCUUUUACUUUAUCGUGGACGGAUGUUGUAAAUAUUUCCUAGUGAACAUAGUCAUAGUCUCGUCGUGGGCUUUCUAAUGCGGUAUCUGCAGGUAGACAGUCCACAUCAACACACAUACGUGCAUAACCUAUUAUAAUUAUGGGAAUUAACGCGAAUUAAAUGCGCGGUUUCAUCCGACUGAUGCUACUAACGACUUAGCACUCGAGAACCUGAAAAAAAGGACGCUGCCAGUUAUUUUGUUAAGAUAAGAAUUCCGCAUUGGUUGCCUUAGCAGACAAAUCCCAACACACCAGAAUCCCCAGCUGAUAUAAUUUGUAAUUGAAAUACUCUGAUGCACGCCUGGUCCGAGACAAAGCCGUAGGUAUCAAUUGAAAUGUUAGUGGUAGAUACAAGUUUGAUGUAUCCUGAUAUAGGAGGCUCGAGAAAUAAUUAGUGUCGCCGUUAAGGAGAGCACCAUUCUGAUUUGUUUGCAGUUGCCCGCCUGACAAAGACCAAAAUGAGCAGAACCGCGUUUGAAGUAAGCGCAAGUUUCGUCUAAGCUGGUUAUAAUUUUCCAGCAUUUCGUCCUUGCAGCAACUAGGGAUUGUUGUAACAGUUUGAAUUAAUAGCCACUGGCCCAGAGAUGGAAUAAUAGUCCUCACAUCAAAAUGACACUCUUAACAAUGCUUUGCUUUUGAAAAAUAAGUGGGUUCAGUCGUCGACGUUGUUCCUAGGCCUAACUGGUGGGAUUCGAAACCACGACAGCAAAGUGAGGCUUUAUUACAGCCAACGAUCUAGCCACCUGAGAUACGAGGACCCACGGAAUACGUGAGUUUUAUUACAUUUGCGCCAAAUUUACCCGCCCAACCUACUACAGCGUCAGGAAUCCACCAAAUCUGAUAAAGUAAGCUGACUGCCCAGGCAGGAUUUCCUAAGUAAUACAUCUAGAAUCCACCAGAUGGCAACGAGUCUCAUGUAAUUCAUAGGUAUUAUGGCAGAUACGAUUAAUGUAGCGUCGUCCGGUGGAGCCUCUGAGCACGUGUGACGAGAGAGUUGGCUGAUCUCAGGCUUCCCCUCGCUGCAGUGGGUUCAUACCCCACCGAGGCGUCGUGUAUUUCAUAUGCGUGUCAAAAUGACUCGUCUGUGUACUUGAGUUUAAUACGGCGAUAUCGACAAUAGUCGGCCAAGCUGCAAUAGGCUCGCCUUGUGAGUCAACAUAAGGAGAUAUGGAUUACUUGACAUAGUUAAACCAUUGCGGUCUUGGCUUCCAGUCUCACCGUGGCACCGAUGCUUAACAAUUUGAUCAACGUGGAUGAUUGGGACUUUAGGAAAUAUAUUCUGUAAACUGAAGUCGCUCUCGGUUCUGACGGAUAGGCAAUUUUAGAUUAUACAGGGGUUAUACAUUCAGGUGUGGCACAACACUGACGAAUUAGGUAAAUACCCCGCGAAGCGGUUGCAAACCUGCAGCUCUGUAUUACGUCUUACGAAUGCUGCACUCAUUGCAUUAGGGCUCCUGUCAUCAUUUUUCACAAUCCAAGUGCAGACGCAAGCAGAUCACGCCACUCUAGGGGCACUGAUUUGUACUAAAAUCCACUGAUCCGAUGCGGAGGGAGGGAGCUGGCUGGGUGGGGUUUCGUGUGUGCAGAUUGCAAGCGUGAUAGUGUUGGGUGUUAUUAGGGUGCGGCAUCGAUUCCAGUGAAAGAAGAGGAUGGCGCACUCUCCACUCGAUUUUCUCUUCAGUCUCACAACGACUGCCGCUCGAAUUACGCUAGCCCUUCGCCUAAGCUCAAUGUAUCCAUGGGUGAUCCAGAUGGUGGUGUGGAAUUGUUGUCUUUCAGCGGCUGUACGUUACACUAAGUCUGCUGUAGAGCGUGUUGUCGAUCAGAGUUAGACAAACACUGGGUGAAAUCGCACUGUUUGAAAACUGCACAACCUUCCAUGAAGUACGGGCUUAUGGUUUGAUCUUGGAAAGCAUAAACGACGGUGGCGUAAGUGACAGAGUAAGAGCGAGAGGGAUUAAAUCAGAUGAUGCGUCGGCUCCACGGUGGCAUGAAGGCGCGAGUCCAAGACAAUGGGACCUGGCAGGAUAUGUCAAUGUAAACGACCCCCAGGUAAGCUGAAUUUUGAGGUGUUGUUUUUGCUUGCUCACCAACUCCAUUUCAGCAACGAGCUAGCUCAGCGACUAGACAACUUAUCAAUCGCCGGCGCCGCCGCUGAGGAGAACGGCUCCGUUGAGAACUGCUGGGACACAAUCCAGUCGCAGACGCUGGCCGUCCUCGGUCGCGCAUCCCGCCACCUACAACCUGCUCUCCGAGGAGGACCACCUGCAGAAAGCAUAAAUAGACCACCCAACCGACGACGACAACAAAGCAGCAUUCUACCGUUGCCGCCGCCUUGUGCAACAGCGGCUACGCGAGAAGCAGAACGCACGGGCGACCAGCAAGUCUAUGGAGAUCCAAGGGAACGCGGACCACAUCGAAUGGAAGAACGUCUUCUCCGCCAUCAAAGCAAUCUACUGUCCGCCCGCCAAAGGUACUGCACCUCUCCUCAGCGCCGGCGGAAAAACCCCUUCACCGAGAAGACACAAAUUCUGUAGCGGUACGCCGAACAAUUCAGAGGCGUCCUCAAUCGCCCUUCCAACAUCUCCGACACCGCCAUCGCCCGACCGCCCCAAGUGGAGACCAAAGCCAACCUUGACCUCCCACGAUCUCUCCACGAGACUAUCGGGACCGUGCAGCAGAUCUCCAGCGGGAAGGCGCCCGCAUCGGUUGCGAGCUCUGCGGAGGUCUACAAGCAUGAUUUUCCCCAGUUCAUGGAGCAUCUGACGGCACUGUUCCAGGAGAUGUGGCUUUAA